UGAAGCGGGGAGGGCGGAGACGCAGAGUCGGCCCGGCUGGGCGCCCUCGCCGCCCUCCGGCAGCCGCGCCGCUCCCCUUCCCCGCCCGCCGAGGCCCUGUCGAUCCCGCGGGCCGUGACCAGAGCAGCGAAGCCGCGGAGACCCCGCGCCCCACCCCCGCCUCGCUCGGACCCGACUUUGGCCCGCAGCGGGUUCGCGGCCCGGACGCGGCGGGAGCAGGGGCCGGGACGGUGCGUCCGGCCUCGCCCGCGGCUCCUCGCCCAGACAAGUUUGAACAAUGAUCACAGUCAACCCCGAUGGAAAGAUAAUGGUCAGAAGAUGCCUGGUCACCCUGAGACCCUUUCGGCUCUUUGUCCUGGGUAUCGGCUUCUUCUCCCUCUGCUUCCUGAUGACAUCUCUGGGAAGCCAGUUCUCUGCCCGGCGCCCGGGGGACUCCCCCUUCACCAUCCGCACAGAAGUGCUGGGUGGGCCGGAGUCCCGCGGCGUCCUGCGCAAGAUGAGCGACCUGCUGGAGCUGAUGGUGAAGCGCAUGGACACGCUGGCCAGACUGGAGAACGGCAGUGAGCUGCACCGGGCUGCUGGCGACGGGCACUUCGCUGUGGACAGGUUUCCCCCUGGGGCCGGCCUCAUGGAGCGGAUCCAGGCCAUCGCACAGAACGUGUCGGACAUCGCGGUGAAGGUGGACCAGAUCCUGCGCCACAGCCUGCUCUUGCACAGCAAGGGUGGGGCCCGGGGCACCCCUCUGCCCCCAGGAGUGUCUGAAGGCCGGCGGGACCAGUGUGAGGCGCCCAGUGACCCCAAGUUCCCUGACUGCUCAGGGAAGGUGGAGUGGAUGCGUGCCCGUUGGACCUCUGACCCCUGCUACGCCUUCUUCGGGGUGGACGGCACCGAGUGCUCCUUCCUCACCUACCUCAGUGAGGUUGAGUGGUUCUGCCCCCCGCUGCCCUGGAGGAACCAGACGGCCGCCCAGAUGGCCCCCAAGCCCCUCCCCAAAGUCCAGGCAGUUUUCCGGAGCAACCUGUCCCACCUCCUGGAGCUGAUGGGCAGUGGGAAGGAGUCCCUGAUCUUCAUGAAGAAACGGACCAAGCGGCUCACGGCCCAGUGGGCGCUGGCUGCCCAGCGGCUGGCACGGAAACUGGGAAGCGUCUGGAGGGACCAGAAGCAGAUCCUUGUUCACAUCGGCUUCCUGACGGAGGAGUCUGGUGAUGUGUUUAGCCCAAGGGUGCUAAAGGGCGGACCUCUGGGGGAGAUGGUGCAGUGGGCAGACAUCUUGGCUACUCUCUACGUCCUGGGCCAUGGCCUGCGGAUCACAGUGUCCCUGAAGGAGCUGCAGAGUAACUUAGGGGUGCCGCCAGGCCGGGGGAACUGCCCACUCGCCAUGCCCCUGCCUUUCGACCUCAUCUACACCGACUACCACGGCCUGCAGCAGAUGAAGCAGCACAUGGGGCUGUCCUUCAAGCAGUACCGGUGCCGAAUCCGGGUCAUCGACACCUUUGGGACGGAGCCCGCGUACAACCAUGAGGAGUACGCCACGCUACACGGCUACCGGACCAACUGGGGCUACUGGAACCUCCACCCCAGGCAGUUCAUGACCAUGUUCCCUCACACCCCGGACAACUCCUUCAUGGGUUUCGUGUCCGAGGAGCUCAACGAGACGGAGAAGCAGCUCAUCAAAGGUGGCAAGGCCAGCAACAUGGCCGUGGUGUAUGGCAAGGAAGCGAGUAUCUGGAAGACCGGGGUGUUUCCGCGGACAGCUCUGCCCGCCACAGUUGGGGCGAGGCUCCCAUCUGCACCCCUCCUCUUCCAGGGGAAGGAGAAGUUCCUGGGCAUCCUGAACAAGUACAUGGAGAUCCACGGCACCGUGUACUAUGAGAGCCAGCGGCCCCCCGAGGUCCCGGCCUUCGUGAAGAACCACGGCCUCCUGCCACAGCCCGAGUUCCAGCAGCUGCUGCGCAAGGCCAAACUCUUCAUAGGCUUCGGCUUCCCUUACGAGGGCCCCGCGCCCCUGGAGGCCAUCGCCAACGGCUGUGUCUUCCUGCAGUCCCGCUUCAGCCCGCCCCACAGCUCCCUCAACCACGAGUUCUUCCGAGGCAAGCCCACCUCCAGAGAGGUGUUCUCCCAGCACCCCUACGCAGAGAACUUCAUCGGCAAGCCCCAUGUGUGGACCGUCGACUACAACAACUCGGAGGAGUUUGAAGCCGCCAUCAAGGCCAUCAUGAGAACCCAGGUAGACCCCUACCUGCCCUACGAGUACACCUGUGAGGGGAUGCUGGAGCGAAUCCAUGCCUACAUCCAGCACCAAGACUUCUGUGCAGCCCCAGGCCCUGCCCCACUAGGGGCCCGAGCCCCACCGAGCCCCUUCGUCCUGGCCCCCAACGCCACCCACUUGGAGUGGGCCCAGAAUGCCAGCUUGGCCCCUGGGGCCUGGCCCCCAGCACACUCCCUCCGGGCCUGGCUGGCCACCGCUGGGAGGGCCUGCACGGACGCCUGCCUGGACCACGGACUGAUUUGUGAGCCGUCCUUCUUCCCCUUCCUCAACAGCCAGGACGCCUUCCAGAACCCGGCCGCGAGUGCUUCCUGCAGAAGGAGCCGCUGCUGUUCAGCUGCGCGGGCGCCAGCGCCAAGUACCACCGACUGUGCCCCUGCCGGGACUUCCGCAAGGGCCAGGUGGCCUUGUGCCGGGACUGUCUGUGAGGCCGGUCCCCGUCGGUCCUCCCUGCCGCAGGAGAAAGCACCAGCAGAUUCCCAGCUCCAGCGACCCGCCCGCCCCUCGACGCCCCCGCUGGAGCUUCCUUCCUUGGCCGGGAAGUGCACGGAGCAGACUGGUGCACGGGACUGGGGCGGGCCACUCAUCCACGGCCGGGUGCCCACGGCUCCUCCACCUCGUCCCCGGGCUCGUGGCAGCGUCGUGGCCAAGCAGCUGUGGGGUUGGUGAGAGGGCCCCUGGCAGGAGCAGGUGGUCUGAGGCCCCUCACUUUGUGCAAGGCCAGUUCUGGACCAGACUGAGGGCCCUGGUCCUUCGAAGGCCCAGGAUGGGGCCUCAGAAUGUUCAGGGAGGGAGCAGGGGCAGUGUGCCCGAUGGCCCGAUGAAGGGUCCCGGGAGAGGGGGUGACGUGUGAGGGCUCAGUCUUGUCCCUCUGCGGUUGUUUGGGGUAUGGACAAAAGGGACAAGGGACUGGGCCACCCUGUUCAUGCCUGUUCAUGCCUCCUCUCAGCCCCACACCUCCCGCCUUCGCACACUCCUCCUCCCUUCUAUACUUGGGGGGCGCAGCAGGAGUGGGGGACCACCUAGCCCCUGAGCUGAACUGUUUCCCUCUCCUGCUUGCUGCAGCUCUCUCUCCACUUUGGGCUUGUCCCGAAACUCAUCUUGGCAUGAUUGCGAUUCCAGGCUGUGGAUUUGUCCCCAGAGCCUCCGUCCCCACCCAGCAGGCUCCGGAACCCCACCCCCAGCAUCUCUUGUAGGCAAAGGCUUGGGAUGGAGCUUCGGCCCCAUGGCACGCCCAGCCCAGCUCCUGGCGUCCCAGGCCCGCUAGCCCCCAGGUAGCCCCCACCCCCUCGAUGCUGCCCGUCCCCUACCUCCAGCUUCCUCCAGCCUCAAACCACCUCUGGACCCAACCGUCCUCUCUGUGUGGCAUGCCUGUCCCGAACCCAGGAUGCCCCCUCCCCUCCUCCCCAUGCCCAGAGCCCCGCCUGAUGAAGCAGGUUGGGCCUUCAGAGACACUGCCACCCCACCCCGUUUUAUAAUCCUA